GGAUGGGAGCCGCUCACACACCCAGAAGGGUCUUUGUUCUUCUAUCACCCAUAUAAAAGAGUUUUCACUGAUGCCGAUGUUCGAGAUCCUGAAACUGCUAUCAAAUUGGGCAAAGCUGUUGAGAAGGUGUACGAGGAAGCGCGCGAUGCAAACAUUGUCUUGCAUCCAUCUGUCGAACUCGCGUUGGAGCUCAUAGUGAAGGAUGGCGCAGAAUCGUGGGGCUAUUACUUUGCCGACCACGAAAGACGUGUCAUUUUCUGGUUCAAAGACCACAAAUCUCAUUCCCUCAUGCGUCGUGUUCGAGGUGUAAAGCGCAAGAGCCACAUCAAGUAUGCACUAGAAGCACAGUACUGGAAUCAUAUCGAACUAUUCCCAUACAAACGCUUCCUUCCGGAAGAUGUUGUCGUGGAACUCAAAGAACUUCUCAUACAUGCUCAAGCAGACCAUAUACUUUUUGAAACAUCCCUAGUACCUUUUACUGCAGACCAGGUUACUAGCAUGCUCGGGCUUAUUGAUCCUCUCAUGAGUGAAUCAUUCCCUGAUGCGAUGCUAACAAGGAACGCGAGCACUCUGCAUGGAUCGCAGGUAAGGCAAUCACGGACAGUCGGCUGUUUGUUUCUGAUAUGCAUGUCUAUUUCAGCUAGAUGGAUGAAAAUCUUCUGUAAUGCCAAGUUUAAGAAUUUUUGUGGACAACCAGGCGCCCGACUUGACAUAGACCGAUCGUUGUAUAGAAAAUCUGGCAACCAGCCACCACCGUUCAGUUUUAGCGUCAUGAAUGUGUUUUUGUUCAAUGUCCCUCGUUCUCAAUGGCGGAGUGUUAAUAGGAUAUGGGUUGAUAAAGCUAUCAUCUGGCCGCGGUGGAGAAAAUUUCGCGAUAGACUCACCACUGAAUGGAAUGGAUACGCGUUAUUUUCUACUGUGAUGCUUGCUGUUAAUAUCAGCUUUCUCGCGGUUCCAUCUGUCACGAGUCAAUCAUUCGUGACUGAUUUAGCAUAUAUGUCGGCUGUCUUUACCAUUGGCUCAUUAGUAUCCACACUAUUCUUGGUUGGACAAGUCAAUGACAGUCUACGAGGCACCACUGAAGAAGUGGCCUAUUACAUGCAAGACAUGCCACGUUCUAUGCUAGGCCUCGAGGGCCUUGCCCUUAUGCUCAGUCUGCCAUUGGGACUUUUGAGUUGGGGGUGCGUU